AUGGAGUUCAGCAAUAAUCAAGCACAUCAAUAUAAAUUUAAUUACACUGUACGAUCUGUAAUUUAGGUGGCGAGAUUUGAAUCCCGUGUGAAGCCUAGUGAUAUGUCUAUACCUAUGGCAACUAUAAGCAAUGGAAAUGGAUCAACGAUACAAAUCAAUACGCGGCCAGAUGAUAUACAGAAUCGUAUCAUCGGCGCGGAAGACAACGUAGAAACAAACUCCAACACCUGCAAAAAUAUUCUUGUGAUAUUAUCUUGGCUCAUGGUGAUUCUAACGAUGCCAUUUUCCCUAUUGGUUUGCUUCAAGGUGUUGACCAAGGACAGCGUGACGGUGUCGGUCGACGCGGUAGUGUACUACCGAGUGAACAACGCGACGAUUUCGAUCACAAACGUCGAGAACGCUCAUCACAGCACUAAACUGUUGGCGCAAACAACGCUUCGUAACACAAUGGGAACCAGGCCGCUUCACGAGAUUCUCAGCGAGCGCGAAACGAUCUCCGGGAACAUGCAGGUUAUCGCAGCAGAGGGUGAGCAGAAAGCUAGUCGAGCAUUAAGAGAAGCCUCGGAGGUGAUCGGUGAUUCACCUGCCGCACUGCAACUUCGUUAUUUGCAAACAUUAAAUACCAUCUCGGCCGAGAAAAAUUCAACGAUCGUAUUCCCAUUACCUAUCGAUAUGUUGACGUAUUUCCUAAAAGCAGGUUCUGCAAAGGACUCUUAAUAUCUUGAUAGAAACUAACAAACGGCCCACCAUUUCAUCAAAGUUAUCUACAAUCCUCUGUGCGUAAUCGGCUCGAUAAGGGGUAAGGAUAUUUUAUUGUUAAUUUUAUUGUUAACGACGAGGGGAAACAUUUGACGAAAACAAGAGGCUCCAGAACAGAUUACUCGCCAUGGAUUACACCCGAUUGAUUUUCUAACCGACCAUGAACUUUUAUAGUACACCAUCCAUCGACUAUAGCAAAGAAUUUUGCACCUCAUUACCACAUCACUGUAUCCGAGCUAUCGAUCAAUUUUAUGACACAUCAUGCAUAUACACCACUAUUCAUAAGUAUUAGGACAGAUAUCUGUUUGGUCUCGUAUGAAACAUGAUUAUCGACCUAGACGUACUAGGAAAUGAUUGACUUGUGCAAUAUCUAAAAUGUACAAAGUUGACAGAAACUGUUUACUUAGAAUAUAAUUCGGUAUUUUGUAAUAAUAGUAAGGAUGAUAUUGGGCACAAUUAUAUUCGGUAACU